GGAGCGCUCAGCUAAAACCGCCAGGCAAAAUCCCAAUUCCCUCUAAUAACUAACCGCCACCUACACCCGCCCUUUCUUUUUCCUGCUUUCUUUCUUUCAUUGUUCCUUCUGUUUUCAGAAAAAAAAAAAAAAAAAAAAAACUCUUAGAAAAAUGAUUUUACAAUCACUUUGAAUUUUGACCACCUCCAUCAAACCCAUAAAUAGUUAAAAUCAAAUGGAUUUGGAAACCGCUGUAGAAGACAAAACCAUCAUAACAGAAAGUCUUACUGGAGGUGAGUCUGGUGUUUGUGAAGUUGACACAAACCAGGAACCAUACGAGGGUAUGAUGUUUGAGUCAGAAGAAGCUGCCAAAGCAUUCUAUGAUGAAUAUGCUAGACGAGUAGGAUUUUUGACACGAAUUGUUUCAUCACGUAAGUCUGAGCGUGAUGGGUCAAUCAUCUCUCGUCGACUUGCAUGUAAUAAAGAAGGAUUUAAUGUCAACCGUCAAAAGUCAGGGCGGGUUCGUAUACGAAAGCGAGAAAGCAUACGUGAAGGUUGCAAGGCAAUGAUAUUGGUGAAGAGAGAGAAGCCAGGGCGGUGGGUUGUAACCAAAUUUGUGAGGGAGCAUAAUCAUACUUUAGUAGUUUCUUCCGAAAAUGGUCGACCAGCUCCUGAUGAGAAAGACAGGAGAAUCCGAGAGCUAUCUUCCGAGUUGCAUCGUGCAAAUCAACAGUUAGCUGCGUGUCGAGAGCAGUUGCGAAUGUUCAUGUCAUAUAUUGAGGAGCAUACCAAGUGCCUAUCGAAAACAGUCGAAGGGGCUGUUCAUGACAUAAAAGAGGUUGAAUCUCAUGAACCUAAUCUCCAUGGUUAACCUCUGGCAUUUCCAGUGAAUAUUUAAGAAACUUUGUACUCUUGUAAAUAGGUAAAGGGGUCAACUAAAUUAUUUAACCCUAUAAUAUAUCUCAUUCCAGAUUUUGAAUACUCCCUAGAGAACCAUGUUCAUCUUCUACAUGUAUACUUUGUAGAGU